AUGACUGGACUUUCCACCAGAGGCGUCCAUGGCGCCGACGACUUGAGCAGAGUGCCCGACGUGGUGCCCCCCAUCAACGUGGCCACGACGUUCAAGUACUCGAAGGACCCGUCGACGUGGAUGAAGGCCGCCGACGACCCCCCCAUCCUCAACAACCCGGUCUACUCGAGAGAAUCGCACCCCAACUCGGAACAGGUCGAAGCGAUCGUCGAGCAGAUCACCGGCUACAAGUGUGUCGUGUACCUGAGCGGGUUGUCGGCGUUUAACGCCGCCAUGUGCCUCUUGAACCCGAAGACGCUCGCCAUCGGCCAGGCCUACCACGGGUGCCACGGUAUUGCCGACAUUUUGACGAGAAACUACGGCGUCAAACAGAUCGGCUUGGACGACGAGUUUGAAGGCGUGGUGAAGCUGGGCGAUGUCGUCCACCUCGAGUCCCCCGUCAACCCUGAAGGGGUAUGUAUUGACAUCCAAAAGUACGCCGAUAAGGCGCACAAGUACGGUGCCAAGGUUGUCGUCGACUCCACUUUCGCUCCUCCUCCCAUCCAAGAUCCUUUCCAACAGGGAGCUGACAUCGUCAUGCACUCGGCGACGAAGUUCUUUGGCGGUCACUCCGAUCUCCUCGCGGGGUUGUUGCUCGUGAAGGACGAUGAAACUAAGGACAAGUUGUUGAAGGACCGGUUGUUGUUGGGUACCAACAUCGCCAACCUCGAGGCGUCGCUUUUGAUCCGGUCGUUGCGCACUUUCGAAAUGAGAGUCGACCGCCAAUGGAAGCUGGCCACGGCCAUCGUCAAGCGUCUCCAUGACGACAUCGAUAAGCUUCCCAAGUUGGCGAAAAUCUACCACUCUCUGUUGCAAACGGAACCGUUUGUCGCCAAGCAAAUGCCCAACGGUCACUCGCCGGUAUUCUCCAUUGAGUGUCCUGAUGAACAAACGGCUAAGGAACUCCCCCUCAAGUUGAAGUACUUCAUUCACGCCACUUCCUUGGGUGGGGUGGAAUCCUUGAUCGAAUGGAGGGCGUUGUCUGAUGCUACCUGCUCCACUAAGUUGUUGAGAAUCUCGGUUGGGGUUGAGAAUGUGGAAGAUCUCAUCGAAGACUUGGUGCAAGCUUUACAAUAG